GCACACUUCCUUCAAACACGUGUUUCACUGGGACAAUAGUGAGUGUUGCACACUUCCUUCGCCCGGCCACAGAAGACAAAAAAGAGUUGCUGGUGUAACAAUAGGAAGAAUAUAUUCCACUCCUCUCUUGUACACGCGGCUUAUGAGAUGAACGCUCGUCAAGAAGAACGUCCCCUUCAGCAGCAGGAGGAUCCACAGCCCCCCCACAUUAAAGAGGAAGAGGAGGAAGUGUGGAUGAGUCAGGGGGGAGAGUGUCCUGUAGGGCAGGAGGAGGCUGAUGUCAGCAAGUUUCCACUGACUGUUGUCUCUGUGAAGACUGAAGAGCAUGAAGACAAACCACCUGAGUCCUCACAGCUUCAUCACAGUCCAAACGUCCAGCAGGUGUCAGCAGAGAGUCAUGAAGAGAUUCCCUCCAAGCAGCAGGAGUGGAGCUCCAGUGUGGGACAGAAGGAGCUACAGGCCCCCUCCCACAUUAAAGAGGAAGAGGAGGAACUGUGGAAGCAGCUUCAAAGGUUGGUGGAGGAUAAUGAUGAAGAUGAAGCUCAGUCCUUACAGCUUCAUCACAGUCAAAGUGAGGAGAACAGAGGGGCGGAGCUUGUAAGUCAACACAUCACAGAAGCUGAUGGAGAGCAUUGUGAAGAUAUAAAGUCGGAACCAGACAGCAUCUUUGCUCCACUGUCAGACAUGGACCACAUGAUGUCAGACUCUUCUGAUCACAGUGACCACAUUCAAGAACCUUUGGAGAGUAAAAAUGACUCUAAAGGUGAUACGAGACAUCACACUAACAACAAAGACUCUGACUGCUCUGAAUGUGGGAAAUCAUUUAGACUGAAGAGUGAUUUUACAAGACACAUGAGAAUACAUACUGGAGAGAAACCUUUUACUUGCUCUGUUUGUAAGAAAAGUUUCUCCACAAAGCAACACAUGACCACACACAUGAGAACACACACCGGAGAGAAACCUUUUACUUGCUCUGUUUGUAAGAAGAGUUUCUCCGUUAAGCCUGCCAUGACCAGACACAUGAGAACACACACUGGAGAGAAACUUUUUACUUGCUCUCUUUGUAAGAAGAAUUUCUCCAGAAAGUCUAACAUGACCGAACACAUGAGAACACAUACUGGAGAGAAACCUUUUACUUGCUCUGUUUGUAAGAAGCGUUUCUCCACAAAGCAGCAUAUGAUCACACACAUGCAAACACAUACUGGAGAGAAACCUUUUACUUGCUCUGUUUGUAAUAAGUGUUUUUCCAGAAACCCUGACAUCUCCAUACACAUGAGAACACACACUGGAGAGAAACCUUUUACUUGCUCUGUUUGUCAGAAGAGUUUCUCCACAAAGUCUAACAUGACCUCACACAUGAGAACACAUACUGGAGAGAAACCUUUUACUUGCUCUGUUUGUAAGAAGACUUUCUCCACAAAGCCUAAGAUGUCCGCACACAUGAGAACACAUACUGGCGAGAAACCUUUUACUUGCCCUGUUUGUAAGAAGCAUUUCUCCACAAAGCUUGUCAUGACCAGACACAUGAGAACACACACUGGAGAGAAACCAUUUAGUUGCAAUGUGUGUGAUAAGAUGUUCCGGCAUAAGUGUCAGGACAGUAAACACAAGUGUGUAACAGUCAUGGAAGCUUCAAGUGUGAGAGUAAAGUGUUGUGAUUGUGUGAAAAUGUGCGAAAGAACUAUAGCAAAGUAUGAGGAGGAACUUUGUCCAUCAAAAGAGGAGAAGGAGCGACAACAUCAACUACUGGACGCUGUUUUCAAGAAACAUCAAGUUGUGUUACACAGAACAGACGUCCAGCAGCCUCCUCACAUUAAAGAGGAAGGGGAGGAUCCACAGCCCCCCCACAUUAAAGAGGAAGAGGAGGAAGUGUGGAUGAGUCAGGAGGGAGAGUGUCCUGUAGGGCAGGAGGAGGCUGAUGUCAGCAAGUUUCCACUGACUGUUGUCUCUGUGAAGACUGAAGAGCAUGAAGACAAACCACCUGAGUCCUCACAGCUUCAUCACAGUCCAAACGUCCAGCAGGUGUCAGCAGAGAGUCAUGAAGAGAUUCCCUCCAAGCAGCAGGAGUGGAGCUCCAGUGUGGGACAGAAGAAGCUCGAGCCCACUCAUAUAGAGGAAGAAGAGGAACUGUGGGAGCAGCUUCCAAGGUUGGAGGAGGUUAAUGACGAAGAUGAUAUAAAGUCAGAACCAGACAGCAUCUUUGCUCCACUGUCAGACAUGGACCACAUGAUGUCAGACUCUUCUGAUCACAGUGACCACAUCCAAAAACCUUUGAAGAGUAAAAAUGACUCUGAAGGUGAUACGAGACAUCAAAAUAACAGCAAACACUUUGACUGCUCUGAAUGUGAAAAAUCUUUUAGACAUAAGAGUAAUUUUACAGUACACAUGAGAACACAUACUGGAGAGAAACCUUAUACUUGCCCUGUUUGUAAGAAGAGUUUCUCCAGAAAGCAAUACAUGACCACACACAUGACAAUACAUACUGGAGAGAAACCUUUUACUUGCUCUGUUUGUAAAAAGAGUUUCCCCAGAAAGAAUGACAUGACCACACACAUGAGAACACAUACUGGAGAGAAACCUUUUGCUUGCUCAAUUUGUGCUAAAAGAUUCAACGCUAAGAGUAUCAUGACAUUACACAUGAAAAUACACACAGGUGAGAAACCUUUCACUUGCUCUGUCUGUAAGAAGAGCUUCAUCAGAAAGCAUCACAUGACCACACACAUGAGAACACACACUGGAGAGAAACCUUUUACUUGCUCUGUCUGUAAGAAGAGUUUCUCCAUGAAGCCUGACAUGACCACACACAUGAGAAUACAUACUGGAGAAAAACCUUUUACUUGCUCUGUUUGUAGGAAGAGUUUCUCCACAAAGCGUAACAUGACCACACACAUGAGAACACACACUGGAGAGAAACCUUUUAUUUGCUCUGUUUGUAAGAAGAGUUUCUCCAGAUGGCAACACAUGACCACACACAUGAGGACACACACUGGUGAGAAACCUUUUCCUUGCUCUGUUUGUAAGAAGAGUUUCUCCAUGAAGCCUGACAUGACCACACACAUGAGAAUACAUACUGGAGAGAAACCUUUUACUUGCCCUGUUUGUAAGAAGAGUUUCUCCAGAAAGCAAUGUGUGACCAAACACAUGAGAACACACAAUGGAGAGAAACCGUUUGUGUGAUAAAACAAUCAGGUUUAAGUAUCAGGUCAGUAAACACAAGUGUGUAACAGUCAUGGAAGCUGCAGGGAUGUAAAAACACUUAUAAACAGUGAUUGUGCUAAAUGUACUUUAAAAACACAGGAUGAUUAAUAUGAACGUAUAUUUUAUGUUCAAUGUUCUGCUUCUUAUCUUCUACUCUUAUAUGUUGUCCUGUAAUGACUUUUUAAGUUGUGUGCAUUUAUUGAAUAUUAUAUAUGUUGCUAAAUUUUUAUUCUAUUUUCCCUUUGUUAAAGAGAGGUCAUCUUAUUUUUUAUUUUUUUUUCCAACACAUUUUCUCCAUUGCACUUUAUUGAUGUUAUUUUCCAAUUAAAAGUAUGAAUUAAUAACAUUGUUAAAACAAUUUGGACCCUAAGUUCGGACACAGAUUCAUCGUCAUCAUCAUCAUCAUCAUCAGAAUACUGGAUGAAACUUUAACAUUACUUUUUUUAAUAUAAGUGUGACCUCAAUAUUCCUCGAUAAUAAGACUAAAAAUAUAGAUUUAAGUACCAUAUUAGAGUGCCUCUUGUAGUACUCCACCUCGCCACAUUGUGAGAAUUGGGGGCUAGCAGUUGCAUGUUUUUAUCAUGUUUUAUCAGCGAGGAAGACAGCAUUUGUCUUUACUUUUUUGUCAGAUUCAAGUUUUAAUGUUCUUUUCAUUAAUAAAUUAAUCACUAUGGCUGGCAAUAUUAAGGAUUAUUUAUAUAUAUUUAAGAACAAAUUCCCUCCUUGACAGGUAGCAAAAUGACUCCACAAAAUGUGAACUAGCAGCUGACUCAGUAAAUAUUUUUUUAAUUUUCUAAUUAGUUAACUAUAAAGAGUAACAUCCAUCCAUUUUCUACCGCUUAUUCCCCUUUGGGGUCGCGGGGGGCGCUGCUGCCUACCUCAGCUACAAUCAGGCGGAAGGCAGUGUACAACCUGGAUAAGUCGCCACCUCAUCGCAGGGCCAACACAGAUAGACAGACAACAUUCACACUCACAUUCACACACUAGGGACCAUUUAGUGUUGCCAAUCAACCUAUCCCCAGGUGCAUGUCUUUGGAGGUGGGAGGGGCCUA